AGCUUUGAAAUUUCGCUUUAUUUCGUAAUGUAAUGAAUGUAAGCUUACCUCUUCCUGCUGCUGCUCUCUUAGCAAUUGAAUAUAUAAAUACAAUUUGCAUACACCACAAACUUGUCAUUGAUGUCUUCUAUCGACAUGACUCUCACCAAACCAGUCCCCAUUUUAUCUCCAGUCGAGCUGCAAAACUUCUCAGAAAAUGAGAUUAUUGCUGCGGCGGGAAGAAGCGAGAAUGAAAAGUUCGUCGAACAGUCAUUGGAAAUUCCCAUCGGGGAUAGCAAUCCAGAUAUCGUCCUCGUGGACUAUGAGGAGAACGACCCAGAAAAUUCUUUGAAUUGGUCGCCGACACAAAAAUGGCUGAUUGUGUUUGGUGUGUCGUGGAUGGGUUUCGUUAGGUGAGCGUCCCUUUUUUUCUUCUCGCCAGUCUCUGUGUAUCUGCCGUAGUCGUCGAUUGACUGAAUUAGUGUCUUUUCAACAAUGUCGAUCAUGCCCACGGCACCGCAGAUCUUGCAUGAAUUCCAUUCGCGUAGUACGCUCGAUCAGACCCUGCUCGUCACGAUUUGGGAGCUCGGGGAAGGAAUUGGUCCGUUUUUCAUUGCGCCGCUCUCUGAAAGAUUCGGCCGGCUUCUCGUCUUCCACAUUGCAAAUUUUCUCGCGCUUUGUUGCUUGAUUGCCUGCGCGCUGAGCGUGAAUAUUCCCAUUUUGAUUGCGUUCCGAUCCUUAGCAGGCUGCUUCUGUCGAUUCUUACCCUUGGGCUCGCCAUCGUCGGGAUUUGUUCCAAAUAGAACAUACCAGCUUGAGCAUGGCAUUCGUCAUAGGAACUCAGAUGAUAGUAGAUUUUAUCUCACCUAUUGCAGGAGCGUAUAUUGCUCAGGAUUUGGGUUGGCGAUGGUCGAUUUGGCUGGCGGCCAUCGUACUCGGAUUCUUCAGCUUGUUCUUACUGGUCGUGCUCCGCGAGACAUACGCGGUCGUCAUUCUAAAGCGGAAGGCGGAGCAAUUAUAAAAGGAAAGCGUGAAUGAUAAGAAGUAUCGUUCUAAACAUCAAGCCCGUGUUGAUGCAUCUACCAUUUUCGAAAACGUUAUGAAGCCGAUGCAGAUCCUGGCUCAGUCUCCUAUCCUCAUGCUAGCGACGAGCUACAUGGCCGCAACAUACGCCUUAGUCUCGUUGAUCCUUGCCACACUCACUGAAACCAUGGAAUCGACGUACCCGACCGUGUUUUCUAGCGGCUCCAUCGGGCUAACAUUUUUUAAAUCUCGCCAUCGGGAACACCAUCACUUUGAUCUUCUACAGUCUCACUUCCGAUCGCUACGUGAUUCAUCAGCGGGAAAAAAAGUGCAACGCAUUCAAGCCGGAGUCUCGGCUGGUAUAUCUACUUGGUGCUGCAAUUAUUCUUCCUCGGGGCUU